AUGGUCGAGCAGGGCGGUUUGCAACCCCUCAUCACGCUGGCCUACGCCCACGACCCGGACGUGCACCAGCAGGCGGCCGCCGCGCUCCGGGGUCUAUCGGUGUCCGCGGAGAACAAGAUGAAGGUCGUCCAGGAGGGCGGCCUCGAGCCCCUGACGCGCCUCCUCGCGUCCGAGGACGUGGAGAUUUUGAGAGAGGUCUGCGCGGCGCUCAACAACCUGUCGCUCGGCGACGAGAACAAGUUCGAGAUCGCCAAGUGCGGCGCGGUGCCGCCGCUCAUCACGCACUGCCAGAGCGACGACAUGAUCAUCGCCGCCCAGUCCUGCGCCUGCCUCGCGAACCUGGCGGAGAUGGAGGAGAACCAGGAGAUUAUUGCCAGGGAGGGCGGCGUGCGGCCGACGAUCGCGGUGAUGCGGUCGCGCUACGUCGAGGUGCAACGCGAGGCCGGGCGCCUCCUGGCGAACUUGUGCGCGUCGGACUCGGAGACGUCGGACCUCAUCCUCUUCGACUCGGGCGCCGUCGCCGCGCUCAUGCCGCUGGCGACGUCGGACGACCUGGAGACGCGGCGCUGCGUGUCCUUCGCGCUGAACAACGUGGCGUCGAACGAGAAGAACCACCGCGUGCUCGAGCGCAUGGGCGUGCUCCGGCCGUUAGUUACCUUGCUCCGCGACAAGGACCAGGACACGCACCUCCAGGCGUGCCUCGCCGUGCGCCAGCUGAGCCUGACGCCCAAGUGCCGCUUCCAGUUCGUCGAGAUGAAGGGCCUGCAGCCGCUGCUCGCGCUCGCGGACAGCGACUCCAUCGAGGUGCAGCGCGAGCUCGCGGCGGCGUUGCGCAAUUUGAGUUUGAGCGAGGCGAACAAGAUUAGCAUCGUGCGCCACAACGGCAUGGACGUGCUCAUCAAGUUCGCCCACUCGCUGGACGUCGAGAUCGCCCACCAGAGCUGCGGCGUGCUCGCGAAUUUGGCGGAGUCGCUCGAGAACCAGGGCCCGAUGAUCGAGACGGGCCUGCUGCAGCACCUCAAGUUCGUGCUCCGGUCCAAGUCCGUCGACGUCCAGCGCGAGGCCGUGCGCGCCAUCGCCAACCUGUCCGCCGAGUACUCGCACACGGCCGCGAUCGUCGCCGCGGGCGCGCUGCUGCCGCUCGUGCCGACGCUGAGCUCGCCCGACUUCCUCUGCCAGCGCUACGCGGCCAUGGGCGUCGCGAACCUGGCGACGAACAUGGGCAAC